AUGGAUACUGAAGAAUUAAAUGUAAUAACAGAUUUUAAUUUUGAUCCUAAAACACAAAUUCUUGCAGCUGUGGGUGGUACCAGCAGAGGUGGUUCGUUUACGCAGUGUACAGCGCGCUAUAAGGGGCAGCGAGACCCCGCUGCUGUAGAGAAAUUUUUGGCUGCCAUCAGCGUGUAUAAGGAUAUUGAAAAAAUUUCUGAUGCAGAUGCCAUACGAGGAAUGCCCUUACUGUUUGAGGACUAUGCAGCCACUUGGUGGAUUGGUGUCAAAGACACAGUAACCAGUUUCGAGGAUGCGAAAGCCCUAAUACGAGCAACAUUUUCGCCACCAAUACCAGAUUGGCGAAUUUUUUCAAACAUUUUUGAGCUGAAACAACAAAAAAGAGAGCCGACAGACAGCUUUAUUUGCAAAAAGAGGCUUCUGCUAUCCCAAUUGAAAGUGCCAGUAUCUGAGGAAGUCCAGUUAAAUAUGAUAUAUGGGCUUCUAAAUAUAACUAUUCGUGAGCGUGUUCGCCGCGAAAAUAUUAGAACAUUCAGUGAGCUCAUUUCUGCAAGCAGAGAGGCCGAAAUGUUUGUUACGGAAUCUUGCCCAGCAACAAGUAACAUGGACAUUAAGCAAGAAAAUGUCUCCAACAACCGCUGUGGGUUUUGCCGCCUAAAAGGCCACAGCAUUGAACAUUGCUUUAAAAGAAAGAAACGCGAUGAACAACAAGGCAGACAACAAAUAGAUGAGCAGCAACAAUUGGAGCAACAGAAGCCAAUAACUCAACAAAGACAAGUGGUUGAUCUACUACACACCUCCUUGGAUGUUCGAGCAGAGGUUACUUUGGCCAACGGUUCCAGUACCACAGGUUAA